UACGGAUUUAAAAAGUUUUAGUACUUACUGUACAUUCCUGGAGAUUCGUCUUAAACUAUUAUUAUUAAAAAAAACCAGCCAUCACAAAAUCUCUUGAUAUGUAUAUUUAUCAAAUUUAAUCGUAGAAAGCUAGAGAAUUUCGUCGCGACAGGCCACCCAACCUUUCUAGGAAAACCCGGGGUUAUCACCACUUAUUCGAGGAGUAUAAGUUGCUUCAAAAGCCAUCACCCGGAAUGACGGCGGUAGAGGUUUUUAUUGUUUUAUUCGGUUUCCUGAGCCAUGGAUCGUCCUGGAUGCUCGAGGAGGAUUGCGGAGAAAUUCAAGGUGUUGAAGGUAGAAUUCUUAACGGGGUUGAUGCGAAGAUCUUACAUAAUCCUUGGAUGGCACUAAUCAAAACCCCGACAGAAUUUCUUUGCGGAGGAACGCUUAUUACUAGACGAUUCGUUUUGACUGCUGCGCAUUGUGAAUGCUCCAAUAAGGACUGCACUAAAAAACAUACGGACAUCACUGCUCGCUUGGCAGAAUAUGACCGGUCGACGUUGGUAGAUUUCGGACUUACGUAUGAGGACUUUCCUGUUGAAAAGGUUUACGCACACAAGGGUUUUGUAAUGAGAAAUCACCAGAACGAUAUAGCUCUGCUUAAACUAAAAGGAAUUGUGGAAUACAAACGCCAAAUUCAACCGAUUUGCAUUCCGUUGGAGAGUCGGAAAAAAUCGGGAAUGGCUAAAAUUAUGAAAUUCACGGCAAUCGGCUGGGGAAAGACUCAAAGCGGUACUAAUAGUGAUGUCCUCCAAACUGUCGAAAUAAACAGAAUACCUAAUGAAGAUUGCGAAAAUAUAAUCUGGGAAGGACUGGUUGACUCACAGAUCUGUGGUGGCACAGGUACUAAAAAAGACACCUGCACAGGAGACUCCGGAGGACCCAUAUCCUCAUCAGUUUAUUACAUGGGCAAAUGGCGCGAAACCCAAAUCGGAAUCACUAGUUUUGGACCCUCACAAUGUGGCGGAGCGGCCGUAUACUCCGAUUUAAUGUACUUUUCCGACUUUAUAGAGCAAACUGUCAUGGAAUCCGACAUUACUGUCGUACUUCCGAAGCUUCAAUUCUUGGAUGCGGGGUGCUUGGCCACCGAAGCAUCAACCGGCGGAAAAUCUUUUCCGUGGUUGGCUCACGUCUACAUGGACGCUUUUCUGAUCACCUAUGGAACGCUAAUCUCCGACAGGUUUGUGCUGACAACUGCCCAGUUUCUUCCCGAAAACGCUCCAUUAGAGGUUCGCCUGGGAAAGUUCAGUGGAAGUUAUGAGGUUACCCAUAAGGUCAAGACUUUGCACAAGCAUCCUGACUUCGUGAGGUUGGCCCAGAACGACAUUGCCCUGAUUGAACUGAAGAGUGUAGUAAAGUACAACAAUUUAAUCAGGCCGAUUUGUAUGCCCUCAUUAACCGACAAUAAGGAGCAGCAGAUGUUCCAGAAAAAGGCUGACCAAGCCGAUAGACUGCGUGUCGUUGGCUGGGGCAGGUGGGCUUCAACGAUGGUUUAUCGGGCCAAUUCCAGCGAGUGCUAUCAGCAGGACCACCAGGAAAUUGGAGACAAGCAGAUCUGCGUGGACCAUCCUUAUGACCUGAACUUGGGCAGUGGCAGUCCCUUAGUUAGGUCCUUCAAACACGGAGGAAGCGAAGGAUUCACCCUCGUCGGAUUGGCCAGCUUUGGAAGACACGGUCCUCGUCCCCAGGACGUCUACACCAAUGUUUUGAGCUACUUGGAUUGGAUUCGCCCUUUGGUUAAGCAGUAGAGUCCUUCUAAAAUCUCAACAACUUGUUAUAAUUCGUCUACGAAUAAAUGAAUCGUCUUUACUUGAA